ACACAGGCAAAAUAAUUAAACUGAGUGUGUGUGUGUGUGUUAUUUUCUCGGUCUCUUCCUAACACACCCGCGAAUGACACACAGCCUCUUUUUAAGUUUUUAAAACCCCAAGCAAGAAAUAAGGUAACGAAUCAGAAUUCCACACCCACUCCCCCCUCUUUGGGCUCCUCCUGUAGGAACUCCCACAUCCUACAAACCCCCUCUCUUUUCCAUCGCCACUGACUGCUGCUGCGGCUUCUCCAAGUUCCCGUCCAGGACUCCAGCUCGCCGAGGGAAGGGAGGGAGGGGGGCUAAGGGGAGCAACUAUAGUGGACAACUUUUCCCAACUCCGGGAGUGUGUGAUAAUAAUUUACUGCAGGACAAUGAAGGAGCGACCUCGGAGCAGGAUUACAGACAACCCUGGGGAAUAAUUCAAACAACCAAAAAGCAAAACAGGAUUUUUUAAAGAGGAUUUAAAUACUUUUUUUCUUUAAAAGGGUAUUUCCCCCCCCCCAUGAAUGGAAGGAGACCGGUGGAGGAAGGAGCUGAGCCUCUGAAAAACAUUCCCUCCGUUUGUUUCUCUGUGCUUGGAAUUGCUGAAGGAAUGUUUGGCUGUAGAAGUUACUGGGGGUGACCCCCUCACCCUCUCUCUCCCAGGGGGACGUGCCAGAAUAUGUGAGCCUGAGGUAGGAGGAGGGGGGGACAGAGAGCAGAGGAGAUGCUGAACCGGGCUCCCCGCACGAUGGAUCCGAGUGGAGGCGGCUGCUUCUGGCUGGCUGUACUGACCGUGGCGGCUCUGAGCCGGGCUCAGGAGCUCAAUCCUAGCGGCAGGAAUGUGUGCAGGGCGAAGGGUUCCCCUGAAGUUGUGUGUUGUCCUGGGUGGAAGCAACAGGAGACUGACUGUCCAAUAGCUGUCUGUCAGGGAAACUUCACCUGCAAAGUGAAUGAGAUCUGCGUCAGACCUAAUGAGUGCCGUUGUAGACACGGAUAUUUCGGAGCCAACUGCGAGACCAAGUGUCCGGAACGGUUCUGGGGCCCGGACUGCAAAGAGAUGUGCCUGUGCCACCCGAAUGGGCGCUGUGCUGACGCGACUGGCAAGUGCACCUGUAAUCCGAACCGCUGGGGGCCGACCUGCAAUAAACUUUGCCUGUGCCACUAUGGGAAAUGUGACCAGGAGACUGGGAAGUGCAAAUGCGAGCCACGCCGAUGGGGUCCCACCUGCUCAAACCUUUGCUACUGCAGUGCCAACUCAAAAUGUGACCCCAAGACGGGCAAAUGCAUCUGCCAGCCGGGCUGGUGGGGACGCAGCUGCCACAACCAGUGCUCCUGUAACAACUCGCCGUGCGACCAGCUGAUGGGCAGAUGCCUGUGUAAGGAGAAGUUCUGGGGACCGAGAUGUGAGCCCUGCCUAUGUGUGCAUGGGAAAUGUAACCCUACUGAUGGAUCAUGCUCGUGUUAUCCUGGAUACAGAGGAAGGUACUGCAGGGAGACCUGUCCCGCUGGAUAUUUUGGCAUCGGAUGUAAAAGGAGGUGUGGCCAGUGUAAGAACCUUCAGCCCUGUAUGAUUGCUGAUGGUCGAUGUUUAGCCUGCGAACCUGGAUGGAAUGGAACCAGAUGUGAUAAGAUCUGCACUGCUGGUUUCUAUGGGGAAGGAUGUGGAGAACAAUGUCCUCAGUGCAAAGAUGGACAUGCUUGUAACCAUAUCAAUGGGAAAUGCCUGCACUGUAAUCCUGGUUGGAUUGGCACUCGGUGUGAUGUAAAAUGCCAAAACGGUACCUAUGGUGAGAACUGUAACUCCGUCUGCACCGAUUGUAUUAAUGGACUUUGUCAUUUUGCCACUGGAGAAUGCAUCUGCAACAGAGGCUUUCAUGGCCCUUUCUGCAACAUGACCUGCCCCUUGGGACACUAUGGAGCUAACUGUGCCCAUCCCUGCCCCUGUAUUGAAGCGGACUGUGACCCUGUCCAUGGUACAUGCAUUCUGGGCUCCAAUGGGAGAGUAGGUGUCAUCGCAGCUGGGGCUCUGGUUUUGUUCCUUCUGCUCCUGCUUCUGCUGUUUUUGUGUUGCUACUGUCUUUGUCACAAGAAGAAUCGGGAUAAUGAUUCCAAUCAAGCCAUUGCUGUCAGAGGAAAGCAGGCACGGAGACGUUUGAGGGGCACCUUUAGCCAGAUCAGUACCAAACUACCUAGGAUUCCCAUUAAGCACCAAAAGUUCCCAAAGGUUGUUGUGGCUCAUCAUGACAUGGAAAACACCUUAAACUGCAGCUUCAUCGAGCCACCAUCUAUGAUGGAUCAGCCAUCUCCAUCUUGGUCUUCCCAUGGCUCUUUUUCCUCUUUUGAUACAGCAGAUGAUGGUCCUGUGUACUGUGUCCCUCAUGAAGAGAGUGUUCUGGAGAACAGUGUCCGGGAGAAGGUGAACUUGGCGGAAAAGCUAGUUCCCCCAAUCAGUGAAGAGGAUGCUGGGGAGUACACAUGCCUGAAAAGUGACCCCAACGAAUCGCUCUUGCUUAAAUUAUCAGACAGCGAAGCCUCUAGCAAUGGCUCUGGGUCCACCACUGGGGCCGUGUACGCAAAGGUAGCACGGCUCUCUAAGCAGUCCAAGGAUAGCGAUGUCAGUGUGAACACCAACAGCAGCAAAAACACAAACAUGAGUGGCAAGCACCCAUCACCUGAGAGGACCAAGCCUCCCCCACCUGAUCCUUCAACCAAGCCCAAAUUAUCUUGGAUUCAUGGCAAGUUCAACACCUCAUCAGCGACAAGAUCACCAUCGCUGGAUAAAGCAGCCAACCAAGUAGAGGGCCAUCAUGGGACAAACAGUAGUAGACGGAGGAAUUUAAGUGAGUCAUGUGCUGGCAUUUAUGGCAGGCAAGAUGAGAAGAGAAGCACCUCAGAGGUAAAAAUGAGGCACAAAGAGAAAGGUCUCAACCGGGCAAGAGAACCAGUUCCCAAUGAUAUAAGUUGUGGGAGUAAAGUGCAGAAAAAUAAAGCGAGUCCUGAACAGAUGCAAAACCUCAAUGGUGCUGUCCAAAAUGCUCUGAAAAGAAUUGGGACUUUGCCCGAUGAUAAGAGUGUAGCAGAAGAGAAAGAGUCACCACGCAGUCCACCACAUGCGAAGGGUAGGCCAGAGGUCAUUCACCCCCACCUACCCUCAGAGACAGCUAAUAUGUUGGCUCAACUCAAAGAAAAGACUCAAAAUAAGUCAGAGCUUAACAUGAGACAAAAUGGGCUGAUUUCACCUCAGCAGCAGAGGGAAAAGCCUACUCCACCACAGAAAGCAAAACGCUCAUUCGGUGCAAAUAACCAGAAGUUAAAUAAAGCCAUCAUUCCAACAUCCACCAAUCUUCAGAAAAUGAUAAAUCCUUCUCCAGAACAUCAGGAAACGACAGCAGGCAAUGACAGGUGCUCAACCCUGGAGGACAGGCAAAGCUGCAAUUACCAGGAGCAGGAUGGAGUGAACUGUACUCAGGCCAAACAGGAAACAGGUGACCAGACACCUAAAAGGACACCGAUUAAAAAACCGCCCAGGAAGCGCAGCAAAGAAGCAACGUUGGACUCACAGCCUAAAACGGCUGUGAUGCCACCUCAGGUGCUGGCUGUUAAAGAGUCAUAACCAAAAAUCAAACACUUUCUGCUCCUGUUCACCUCAUUAACUUUCAUGGAAAAUCCAGGCAGACAGGCACUUGUAAAACCCAGGACAGCACAGCCAUUGUUGUGGAUCAGUGCUGUAGCCCGUCUACUCAACAUGAGGCAAAAUGAAAAUGAUUGACUUUUCAACCUAAUAUAUUCACGUGUCACUGAACCCUCCUUGAUGGUUGAACAUGACCAAAAGUGCAUUAAAUUUUGGAUUGGCACUACCUUGGCAGAUGACUAAAAGCAGUGUCUUCUUUCCUUUUAACCUUACAACUGCCUGUGACUGAUGAUCAGUAAUGGUACAGAGAGCCUCUGGCAUUUCCGCUAUUGUUAGAGAUAGGCUUCUUUCUAUGGACUGUAGAAUUGGAGUUUUUAUGACAUUAUAUAUUUCGAUAAAUUUUGCAUAAGCAAAGCUUUCUCUAAAAAGGAAAACCAUCUCCUUAACAUUUUCUGUUGUUCUACUCAGUAAAGAACUGCUGGCUUUUGUAUUUUAUUAUUUUACGGUUCUUCUGAUGUUUAUUUUGACUGAAAACAAAAAUGGUAAAAGACCAAAGAUGCUGUCUUUGUGCCUCAUUGCAGUGUGUGAAACUAGCUCAGUGCUAACCGGCUGCCUGUGUAACAUUGGCAGAGGGCUCUAGCAGCAUGGAGUGAAGGGAGUUUAGCACUAAAAUAUCAUGGAGGUGAAGGACCCAAUGUUGUUUGAACUAAUUUGGAGUGGGGAGAGAGGUCCUGGAAAGUUAGCCCAAGAGAUCAGAGAUGAUUGAUGCAGAAAGGGUCAGGUUAGUUUAAAAAGUUCAUUGUAUUGACAGAACACACUGGAGCACAGAGACUGGAGUCUACAGUGAGGUAGUCAGCAGCCACAGUGCUAGUCUUAUGAGCAUUCUGCGGUAGCUCGCAAACAUAGUUUUAGUUUUUCAAGUAUUUUUGACAUAUUUACAGUGUUGCAUUCUACUUGAGACACUCAGUAAGGUUUUGCCAUUUCACCAUCUUUGAAUAAUUGUCAGGGAAAAGCUUUGUUUCGCCCAGGAUACUGUGCUGCUGCCAGUACACUGGGACUCCUGACGCACUGUGUCCCAGCUGCUUUCCAUAUACAAUGAUGUUUGUAAAAUAUUUUUUUAUUUCAAUCAUUAAAAAUUUCAAACAAAAGGAAUAAAACAUUUUCUUUCUUUAGCUA